GCCGAAAUGGGACUACAUAUUUUAAUGUACAUUCCCAAUAUUAUUGGUUAUAUCCGAAUCCUUCUGGUCUUAAGCGCCUGGAGUGCCUUCAACAGUCCGGAAAUUUUUGUUCCAGUUUAUUUUAUCUCCGUUAUAUUAGAUGGAGUGGAUGGCUGGAUAGCACGACAACUCAAGCAGACCUCCAGGUUUGGAGCUUGGUUGGAUGUAGUUGUAGACAAUUUUGGACGGAGCAUGCUUUGGAACAUGCUGUUUGACUGGGGCUGGCUGGUAGCCUCUGUGGAGUGGUGUGUGUUUGUGUGUAAUCACAAUGCAAGAGGUGCCCAAUGGAAAAGCAGUUUCACAGAGAGUCCUGUCUGGAGCCUGGGCAUUUUGGUUCUGGCUGCAGGCAGACUGCUGUGCUUGUCUGUGGAGAUGUGGUGUAUAGUGAAUCAUGUAAGAUAUUUAACUUCUAGUGAGGAUGCUGAGAAGAACGACUGA